AGACAAAUCUUCAUCUUGAAAGUGAUCACCAGGGCUGUCCUAUCUCUCCAAACCCACAGCCCCGCACCCUUCUGUGUCCCACCUGUCUCUCCCAUGGGACACCUCAGAAAGCUGGGAGGGAGGAUUCCCUGCUCCCGGCAGGUGCACGGGUGGGCCAGACAAGGCACGAAGCAGACAGUGCCACCCCUGGAAGAGCAGAUGAGGGGAGAUGGAUGGUUUAGGAACUCACAUACUGCGUUGCCGGGAGACAUGAAGAACGAGCUCUGGACUUGGAGAACAGCAGAGACCCAGAAUACAAAAACACCCAGAGAUGGUGUGGGUGUCACAUGCUGGCACAGCGGCGGGGGCGCGCUCGGGCCGAGCGCGGCCCCGAGCGGAGCGGGAGCCGCGGGCGGCGCCGAUCCCGAUCCCGCCCCGCGCUGGCGCUGCCCCAGGGCCCGGGGCGGGCUGCGCCGCCGGGAAGGGCCGCUCGCAGCCCGGCCGCAGACGCGCUCCGGGCCCCAGGAGCAGGCAGUACCACAUCACCAAGAGAGAAGCUCCCCAGCGCUCCCCAGCCAUGGCAGGGAAAAAAGUCCUGAUAGUCUAUGCGCAUCAAGAGCCCAAGUCCUUCAAUGGAUCUUUGCUGAAGAUUGCUGUGGAAGAACUGAGCAAGCAGGGCUGCAGCGUCACCGUGUCGGAUUUGUACGCCAUGCAGUUUGAGCCCAGAGCAACAAGAAAUGACAUUGUUGGUCGCCUGCACAACUCCGAAGCGUUCAAUUAUGGUGUGGAAACCUGGGAAGCUUACAAGAGAGGAGCUUUGUCCAAAGACCUGGUUGAAGAGCAGAAGAAGGUGCAGGAAGCAGAUCUGCUGAUUUUUCAGUUUCCCUUGUUUUGGUUCAACAUGCCUGCGAUCCUGAAGGGCUGGAUGGACAGAGUCUUGGUCCAAGGCUUUGCUUACGAUUUGUCAAAGGCUUAUGAUGGUGGUUUGCUCCAGGGCAAAUUAUCCUUGUUUUCUUUCACCACGGGAGGAAGCCAAGAGAUGUAUUCAAAAGAAGGUAUCGGUGGUGAUAUUCGCUAUGUCCUGUGGCCCAUGCAGCAUGGAAUCAUGCACUUCUGUGGUGUCAAAGUCCUUGAACCUCACAUCUGUUAUGCUCCAGAGAAUGUCUCUGAGCACAAGAGGAAGGAGAUGCUGACUGCCUGGACCCAGCGUCUCAAGACUCUUUGGAAGGAAGAACCCAUUGACUGCUCUCCUGAGUGGUAUUUCAAGUAGUGCUCAGCUGCAAGACUACCGAGAGAAGAGUUUUUUUCUCCAUUCUUUUUUAAGGUUCUGUCUAAAUACCUGAACACUAAUCUCCUAAUUCAAAUCUAUUUGAAGAAUCUUGAAUACUACAUCUAGCAGUUUAACUGACAACAUGGCAUUUAUCUUCACUGCUUCCCAAGGGAUUCCCUUCCAGGAUGGGUGCAAAGCUCUUUGUGUUGGUCUCCUUGCUCACAUAAACAGCGUCAUCCUGCCUCCUUGUGGCUGAUAACACGUAAUAUUUGGAAGAUUAUACCAUUGCUGCUUGUCAGACAGUACAUAGCCAAGAUUAUUUUAACCUGUGUUGUACCAGUUGCCACUUUUUUCCCUUUACCAGGGAAUAUAGUGUCCAUACUCAACCAUUAAAAGCACAAGACUGAUUGUGAGAGCACUACACUUGUUGUGCCUUGGAGCUUUGAAAGCAGAUCAUGGGUAGUGUUGCAAAGGGAUGUACCAUUGCAAAGUGUCUUAAACAGCUGGAAAGCCUUGUAGCAGCCCUAGGCUUCUCCAGAUAUUUAUAAAGCAAUCCUAAUGCUAUGACCGAUACCAGAAAAUGGAAAAAUUAAAUGCAAAUGUAGUGGUAUGUGUGUGAGUUGCCUUCCUUUGUAGACUACAGCUCCCAUUUAUAAAGUAUGUGUCUUCCCAUCAUCAAAGUAGAGAGAAAUAGGAAUGCUGUCUAUUGCCUGCCCCCUCACACCAGUCAGUGUUGCUGUUUGGGUGUGGAGGGUAUUUGCUUCCUCUCCAGCAUCAGCAUUGAUGGGCUUCCUUGGAGAUCUCCAGCACCAGUAGUUGGUGAGGCAGAAAACUAAAAAAAUCCAAAAACCUGCAGGUGCACUGUCUGUCUGUGGGUCAGGAUCUAUGGGACAAACGAAUUGUCUGGCUCUUAAUAGUCAGGAUUUUUACCUGGUGCUGUAGCAGGAUUAUUUUUGUGCUUUAGAGUUGUUAACCCUGUUUGCACAUAUUGCAAGGGGUGGGUUUCUCAGAGAAAUUUCUGGCUUUGACCAGCUCACCUAACUGCUGCCUUUGCACUUUGAUAUUAAAAGAAUGUGGCCUCAGUCAGAACCAGUCUCCUGAGUCACUGUCAAAUGACACCUAGGCCUCUGUGCAUCUGCCAUACCUGCUUUGUGGCAGUCUUGUCACACCCCAGCCUUACAGUUCCUUAGGGACUAACUGGAUAAUCACCAUGCUGAGCCCAGACUCUGGAGGCUCAGUGUAAGCUGAUACACCAGACUGGGAAAUGCCACCACAGGGAAAGGGUCAUGUGUUCCUGUUUGCUCCUGCAUGAACUGAGGGACCAUGUCCAGCAGAGACAUUUCCCAGGAAGCAGAGCUGCCCCAGGCUGCUGCAGAUGCCUGCUGUGGAGCAUGUGAGCCAAAGUCUUUAGAUUGUAGAAGCAGGAAAUUUGCUUUGGCUCAACAGCUCUGUUACAGGAAAAGGAAAGUGAAGGGUAAUAAGGAAGAAAGUGCUACACAUCUAAGUUGUGGGGAACACAGAUUCAUGCUUAAAAGACUUGAUGAGAACAACUUAAAGUUGCCAAGAGAAAUUUUAGGACAGAUUUUAAAAUUGCAUAGAAGAGAAAUCAUCCUUCUAUUCACUGUGUUCAAUUAGCAGACUAUUCAGGAAAGAAGGAAAUGGAGGUGAAAGCAGAAGCUGCAACUGUCAAACCAGCGUUACUGCUUUGGAUCAGUUGCAGAGCUCAGUGGGUUAACUAUUAGAUGAAGAAUAUCAGACUGAACUGUAUGUUGAGGAUACUGUGCUUGACACUAUCUGGCAGACACACGCCAGCUUCCACACAUAUGGUAGCACUGAGUUGUAAUAAGAUGGCUGAGAUUUUUAGUACAAAGUAUGUGAAUGGUUGAAAUUAAUACAAGUUCAGUUAAAGGUAAAAGAAAACUAAUAGACUUAUUAAAUUCUCAUUAAUGCUAAAACUGAAGACUUCUGCUCAGAUAAAUUCGUUAUUGGGAAAAGCACUUAAAAUGUACCAAUCUUUUUGUCCAUUUCAAGAUAACCUUUCCUUCUUCACAACCAGAAUUAAAAGAUUUUUCUAUAAA